UCUACAGAAAAGCUUUGACAGAGCGAGAGGUUAUUCCACUGAAAUUCUACAGGGAGAGAGAGAGAGAAUGGUAGGGGUUGGAUCGGAAGCUCAGAAGUACGUUUGGGAAGGAGCGAUUCCUCUUCAGAUUCAUCUUCAUGAAUCUGAAAUUACAACUCUUCCCUCUCCUGAACCUGCUCUGAUUUUGGCCCCUCGGAUUGGAUACUUGCCUUUGCUUGUGCCUCAGAUAAAGCCUUAUUUUAGCGACACACUUCCGCCAGGAGUGGACACGGUCUGGUUUGACUUCAAAGGCAUGCCCCUCAAGUGGUACAUACCCACCGGAGUUCUUUUUGAUCUUCUUUGUUUAGAGCCAGAAAGGCCUUGGAAUUUGACGGUUCAUUUUAGAGGAUACCCAGGAGAUCUUUUAAGCCCUUGUGAAGGUGAAGACAGUGUAAAAUGGAGUUAUAUUAAUUCAUUGAAAGAGGCAGCGUAUAUAAUUAACGGGAACAGCAAGAAUGUCAUGAAUAUGUCCCAAAUAGAUCAAUUUGAACUCUGGCGAUCUGUAUUAAAUCGUGAGAUGGAAGCAUAUCUUCGGAUAUCAUCCAAGCUGAAGCUUGGAAUAGUCGGAGAAGAUUACACGAAGAUAGUGAUGUCACCUCGACAAAGCAAUAAUGAAGCAGAUAGUGUUGGACCUAGCAGAGCAGGCAGAAUCCCAGUUCGUUUGUACGUCCGGAAUGUUGGCGAGUAUACUGAUGAUUUAGAAGAUGUACCUCCGGUUGAUAGCUGGGACAGAAUUUGCUACAUGAAUAAGCCUGUUGAGAUUCAGCGGGAAGAAGGUAAAAUCUUAAACCUAUAUGAUGCAAUUAAAAUGUUACUCCCGGAGUUCUUUCCAGAUGAACCCUCAAUCGAUGAAGAGUUAUCUAAAUUGGAACUUGAGGACGAACCAGGAAUUGGGGGGAGUAAUUUGUCUGAUCCUGAUCCAGAUACAAACACUGUGAGGAAAACAGAGUUGGUGACAGUAAAGAAUGAAACACAAUUAUAUCCUUCUCACCCUACUGGUAAGUCUGAGAUUAAGCUUGUACGCAUCCAAGGGAUAGAACCCAAAUUGGACAUUCCCUUCUCUUGGGUCGUAACAAACUUGAUAUAUCCUGAACAUUUUCUUCAUAUGUGUGUUUGUGUUGGAGUUUCACAAGAUCCUUCGAAGACAAGUUAGCAACAUAAGUUGAGCAUACCACUCUACAGUUAGAAUUCGCCCAUUUAAGUAUCCGGAACAUUCAUUCUGUUUUAUGAGUCUGCUGACUCUGCUCACAUUUCUUUCUGUAUACAAAUGUACAUAAACAAUAUAUGCAUGUACAUACUUUCAAAGAUUCAUCUCUUUUAUGCUCUACUUACUGCCAUUAAUUCA